AUGGGCGUUUACCCGGCAACGUCUUCGACCCUCCAAGGACCGUCUGUCCCGAUAAACAAUGACAUCCAACUGCAUAGAUUAUUCGAACGGAACGAAAGCGCUUAUCCAGAACACAUGGCCGUAAUGCACGGAGAACUUGGACAACCUUCUGUGCGCCUUAACUUCACGGAACUGAAUGCCAUAUCUAAUCAAUUGGCCAGAGGAAUAAUCGCACGUGCUGGCUCUAAAAACGACGACGGAGACUUCGUAGUAGCCGUUCAGCUUCCUCCUGGUGACGGACUAAUUGCCACUCUAUUGGCUACUUGGAAAGCUGGUGCAGCGUAUUUGCCAUUAGACGUAUCAGCACCGCAACACCGGAUUCAACACGUAAUCGACGAGGCCAAGCCAUGUUUAGUGAUCACCUGCACACCCGAAGCCGAAGUGUAUGACAACAAGUCGAACAUCGUAUACAGCCUUAAACAAUUGAAGAGCCAGUCUGUUGCCCUUUCCGCAUCCAACCUAGAGGACCGUGAAACACUAGUGGGCUAUGUUGAUGGUAGAAGACCAGCAACAAUAAUUUACACAAGCGGCAGCACAGGAACGCCUAAAGGUGUGAGACUUCCGCAUUGCGUAAUUUUCAACAGAUUGAACUGGCAAUGGAACCGGUUCCCUUACAGCGAUACCGAACACACUUGCGUAUUCAAGACUUCGUUGACAUUUGUGGAUUCAGUGGCAGAAAUUUGGGCUCCGUUGUUACAUGACACACCAAGAUGCCUGAUGGUAAUACCCAAGGCCAUCACCAAAGACCCAGAACGGUUGAUCAAUAUACUUCAUGACAACAAGAUUGAACGUCUAGUAUUGGUCCCAUCGCUAUUACAUGCCAUAUUGUUAUACAUGGGCAUUUCCAAUAACAACGAACAACAAUCUUCUAUGAUAAAUCAAAACAAUGAACAGGGAAUUCUAUCGAGUUUGAAGUUGUGGGUGUGUAGUGGAGAACCUCUACCAGUGUCAUUAGCCAAACAGUUUCUAGACACAUUUUCUGGUCACACGCUGUGCAACUUUUAUGGGAGCACGGAAAUCAUGGCAGACGUGUCGUACUACGCCAUCAAGUCGUUCAAAGACUUGUGUUUCGGUGACAAAAUUCCUAUUGGCGUUCCAGUGGACAAUACGGCUCUAUAUCUGUUGAACGAUAAAGGCCAAACAGUGGAACCUGGCUGUUUGGGUGAGUUGUACGUGGCAGGAGCGAACUUAGCCAGCGGUUAUGUCAACAACCGUGACCCGCACCGGUUCGUAGAAAACCGUCUACCUCACGACCAAGGCAUGGGCAUGGACCGUAUGUAUCGGACUGGAGAUUACGGGAAAGUAGUAAAUGGUGUGCUGUUGUAUGAAGGCAGAACCGAUUCACAAAUCAAAGUCAGAGGACACCGAGUCGAUUUGACUGAAGUCGAAACGGCCAUUCGUCAGCUGCAAGACGCGGGAAUCGACAAAUUGGCCGUGUUGUGCUACAAACCUGGCGAAACAGAACAGGCUUUGUUGGCGUUCGUCGUGUUCGAUAGUAAUGUCAGAAUGACGGCCACGGACGUAGAGGAUCGACUAAAAAACGCACUGCCGGAAUACGCUAUGCCACAGGUGAUUUCACUCGAAUCGAUGCCGUAUCUCGUGAAUGGAAAAAUUGACAGACAGACCUUAUUACGCCAAUACUCUGAAAUAUCUGUUUUGGACAAUAUAAAGGAAUCGAAAAUUGACUUUACUGACAUCGAUGCAAGCCAAAUGGAAACUGCUAAACAUCUGUUCGAGACUGUAUCCUGCGUGCUAGGAAGCUCGCUGCGGUCACACAUCUCGCCGGCGGCAAACUUUUUCGCACUAGGUGGCAAUUCGUUGAACGCUAUUUACACCAUAAGUAAACUGGCUGACCUAGGAUACUCUAUAGCUGUCAGUGAUUUUAUAACAGCGCCUAAUUUUGGUAUAGUCAUUAACAAAAUGAGAUUUAGUAGUAAACGAAAGGCAUGCUGUAAGGAUGAAGAAUGGCUCUCCGAGAAAUACACCAGGCAAAUGCUCGAACCCAAACACAAAGACGACAUGAUCAAGAUAAUUGCAGACAGUUUCUACGAAAAAGCAGAUCUCGAACACUGGAUUGUGCCAAAGGUGCCUUACAGCGAGUACACCGAUAUCCUUGAGUUGCUGUGGGAGCCAAUGUUAGAAAAAAAUUUGAGUUUUGUAGUGCAAUCCAAGGAGUCUGAUCGAUUAAUGGGUGCGGCAUUAAAUUUUGACGCUCUAGACGAACCUGACAUAGAGUUCAAUGGCCGUUUGACAGUCAUUUUUGAGUUCCUCGAAUCCCUUGAAGGUCCCAUUAGGAGAGAUCAUCUGCCCAAAUCUAAAGGCAGCAUAUUGCAUAGUUUUAUGAUGGGCACGGACAAUUCACUAGACGCAGCAACUAAUGUCGAAGUCAUAACUUACAUGGAACAAGAAGUCUUAAAGUUGGGUAAAACCAAUGGAUUUGAAGGCAUAUUUACAACAAACACUAAUCCCUUAACACAACAACUUGGAGCUAACGUAUUUGGAUAUAAAAUACUUCAUGAUUGCCAGAUUAAUAGUUAUGUAACACCUGAUGGUAACAAGAUAUUUGGAGAAGCCCCAGACAACCAAAGAGCAAUAUGUUGUUGGAAAGUUAUACAAUAA